AUGCCAAUGCACUUUGUGAUGGAGAUAAAGAUCUUUGACGUGUGGGGAAUCGACUUCAUGGACCCCUUUGUAAGUUCUUGCAGGAUGAAAUACAUCUUGGUAGCUGUGGACUACGUGUCCAAAUGGGUUGAAGAAGUUUCCUUACCAAACAAUGAGGCAAGGAGUGUGACCGCCUUCUUGAAGAAAAACAUAUUCACUCGGUUUGGCACUCCUAUAGCCAUCCUUAGUGACGGUGGAUCUCAUUUUUGUAACAAGGCAUUCUCGGGGCUACUUGAGAAGUAUGGCGUAAAGAACAAGGUGGCCACACCUUAUCAUCCGCAGUCAAGUGGUCAAGUUGAGGUUUCCAGUCGGGAGAUUAAAAGUAUUCUAGCAAAAACUGUGAACGCAAAUAGGACCGGCUGGUCAAGGAAGCUAGAUGAUGCAUUGUGGGCAUACCGCACGGCCUACAAAACCCCUAUUGGUACUUCUCCUUAUCGGCUAGUCUUUGGUAAAGCAUAUCAUCUACCCGUGGAAUUGGAACACAAAGCUAUGUGGGCGUUGAAAAGGCUGAACUUAGAUUGGGCUGAAGCUGCAAAUUUGAGGUUAACACAACUCAAUGAAAUGGAGGAAUUCCGGUUCCAUGCUUAUGAAAGUGCAGCUGUGUACAAAGAACGGAUGAAGUUUGUCCAUGACAAGAAGAUCUUGAAAAGAGAGUUCAAGAUGGGUGAUUUGGUCUCGCUCUUUAACUCAAGGCUCAAAUUGUUUCCGGGCAAGCUUAAAUCAAAAUGGUCUGGUCCAUUCAAAGUGGUCAAUGUCUCUCCUUAUGGAGCGGUGGAAUUAGAAUCAACAGAUGGGUCCCGGACAUUCAAGAAUGAAAUAGGACCGCCAUUGUUGAAAGCUUGGGUGACCUGUGUAGAAGAAGGCAUUUGCAACCCGCAUUGUGAAAAUGCGGUUGGCAUUUUGGCCGCACAACUAAACCCUAAAUCUUCUGAAGAAGAUGAUGAAAUGCGGUGUCUUUGUGAUCGCAGAUUUGACAUGCGGACCGCAAAUUCACCGCAGAGUGAUGCAGAGAUUUCAACUUUGAACCAUAUAGCCAUGUCAAUUGUGCGAUGGUUAUGCGGUCCACAUAGUGGUUAUGCGACCGCAUAA